AUGGAGGGUCCCACCAACCAGAGACCCCCGUAUGCUGCUGAUCUUAGCGUGUCCAUCACAAUAGCAGAGACCCCCGUAUGCUGCCGAUCUGAGCGUGUCCAUCACAAUAGCAGAGACCCCCAGAGGAAAGGCUUCAUCAUGUCUGUGGUUGAGUAUCUCUGGGACAAAUGGAGCACAAUGGCCCUACAGCUCCUGCCGAUCAAAGACAAAUUCAGAAAACAACUUGUGGAAAGAGCUGGUCUGUCCAGUUUCUCUCCAUUUGAUUUGAUGUUGGCUGUCGGCUUGUUGAUUGUUUAUAUCAUAUUUAGGAAAGUGAAAGAUGCCUCACGUGAGAAGGAAAGGUUUCUGGAAGUUUAUCCACAGAUGAAACGGGAGCUUGAGGAGAGCAUCAGGAAGCUCCACGCCCUUGCAGACAUGAUUGACAAGGUUUACAGGGGCUACACCAUCACGCAAGUGCUGGCCAGCUCCACCAGUGCUGUGUCUGGGUUCCUGACAAUCCUUGGUCUCGCUCUGGCACCUGUGUCAGCAGGAUUCAGUGUGGGACUUUCAGCCACAGGCUUGGGGCUUGGGGCAGCAGCGGCUGUGAUGAGUGUUUCCGCAACCAUUGUGGAAAAGGUAAGCAUGGUGUUCGUGGAAGCUGAAGCCAGCGAGCCAAGAAACAACGACACCGAGGAGAACAUACAAGACUCUUUGAAGGAGAUCACCACCAGGCUUGUUUCUGUAUCUAAGAGAUUUGUUAACACUGUGGAUGACAUAAAGAAGAACAUUGAUGCCAUCAAGCUGACCAAAGCCAACCCUUGCCUAGCAAAUAAAGCUAAGCGUCUAAUGACCACAGGUAAGGUGUCAGCCAAAAGCACUAAACAGGUAAUGAAAGCCUUUGGAGGCACUGCUCUGGCAAUGACCAAAAGAGCCCGGAUCAUGGGUGCAGCCACUGCAGGUCACUCCCUAGCGCUAGAUAUAGUCAGCAUCGUAAAAGAUACAAAGCAUUUUCAGGAGGGUGCAAAGGCAGAGUUUGCUGCAAAGCUGCGGCAGCAGGCUCGGGAUCUAGAGCAGAAGUUGCAGGAGCUCAUCCGGGUGCAUGACAGCCUGACUCAGUGA